ACCAAGCAUGAUUAUCUCUCCGCUAAUCCCCGGAACCUUUCCGUCGCGUGAGGGGAAAUCAGCGAUGACCUCCUUAGCCGGCGAAGAGUCGCCCACCGCCGGGUCGGCCCGGCCCUUCGACGGCGACGGCUACGUCGGGUACGACCCUCGCCUUCCUUCGCAGCGGUUCGGCUACGAAGCCGACCCGCCGCCGGAGUUCAAUGCCCCGUCGUACGGGUCGGCCGAGGAUGUGUUCGGGUCUCAGGCGGCCGCGGCGGAUUCUCCUCCUCCGGCUCCGAUGUACGCCGGGAGCGGCGGGUUCUCUCCGGAGCGGGGCGGCGAGGGUUUCCAGGGGGGUUUUGGUGAGCCGGACGGGCCGAUCCUGCCGCCUCCGGCGAACAUGCAGCCGGAGGAAGGGUUUGCUCUGAGAGAGUGGAGGAGGCAAAAUGCGAUCAGGUUGGAGGAGAAGGAGAAGAGGGAGAAAGAGUUGCUGGUGCAGAUCAUCGAGGAGGCGGAGCAAUACAAGAUAGAAUUCUACCAGAAGAGCAGCAUAUCAGUGGAGAACAGCAAGUCUUCCAAUAGAGAAAGGGAGAAGUUAUUCGUGGCCAACCAGCAGAAGUUCCAUGCCGAAGCUGAGAAGGACUAUUGGAAGUCAAUUGCAGACCUCAUACCCCGUGAAGUUCCGACAAUUGAGAAAAGGGGUAAGAAGGAGAAGGAGAAGAAGCCCUCCAUCAUGGUUAUGCAGGGGCCAAAACCAGGGAAGCCCACAGAUCUCUCGAGGAUGCGUCAGCUACUUAUCAAGCUUAAGCACAGUACUCCUCCCCACAUGAAACCUAUCCCACCAGAAGCAACAGAAUCUAAAAAAGAUGCUAAAGCAGGUGCACUGGCUGCUGGUGCAGCCCCGACUGCUCAAGCUCCCUCUAAUGCUACUGCUGCAGCUGCUCGCAAGGUUUCAUCUACUGCUUGAGCGCUCUUGGUGCAGACGUGCAAUUUGUGGUUGCUAGUAUUGCAGUGUUAUAGAUCAAGGUCAGGGAUGUUAAGUUCAAGUGUAGUAAAUCAUAGAACGUCAGUUUAUGUGCAUGUCGUGUAGAUUCAGUCUUUUUCUGUUCAGAAUUUAGAAAAGAACUCUAGCCCUUGCACUUUUAGUAUCAGUUUUGUCAGGCUUAAUGUUCUGGUGUGUUUUUGUGUUUAUAUAGUCUCUGGCUUUAAGA